AUGUCUAAGUCAAAAUAUGAGACCAGAGCUGACAAGAAAAGCAAUGCUUCAAAUGUGGUCUCAACGAGGCCUGAAACCAAGAAGAGUUUACCUAUCGCUUUGAUCAAAUGUCUGAAAACCCCCUUCCUUGCUGCUAUUGUGCCUCGACUACUCUUGAUCUCUUUUCGUUAUUCUCAACCUGUCCUGAUCAAUGAAUCGAUUAGAUACAUUGUGACACAUUCUAAGGGCGAGGGAAGCAAUCAUGGAUUUUGGCUUAUUGUUUCUGCCUUCACAAUCUACGUCGGCCUCGCUCUAUCAACAGCUGUGUAUCAGCAUUUCAUAAACAGGCUGAAACUUAUGACAAGAAGUGCGCUUGUGGGAUUGAUUCAUGAGAAGACCAUGAACUCGCCCGGCAUGUCCUAUGAUAACGGCGAUGCUACUUCACUUAUGAGUAAUGAUGCAGAAAGUCUUGAUGCAAUUGCCGAAAUGUUUCACCAGACAUGGGCUCAGGUCAUUGAGGUUCUUGUAGGUAUAAGUCUUUUGGCUACGCAAGUUGGCUGGAUUUGGCCUCUUCCGCUUUUUCUGAUAUACUCUAAUGCACUCGGGAUCUUCUCGCCGGCCAUUACACUAGCUAUGUUUGCUUUGAUAUCACAAGCUCAUGGUGUCAAUCUUGAUACGGAAACUGCAUUCACCACUAUGGCGAUCUUAAGUAUGGUUACCCACCCAGCAAACAUGGUCAUGACUAUUGUGCCUCGCGUAGUAGCAGCUUUCGCUGGCCUCGCUAUUCAAAUACAUAAAUUGAAAAUCGAUCAUAAACAGAUGAUCCUUGAUGAUAUAAACAUUCAAAUGCAUUCCAAUUCAUUCAAUAUAGUUUCGGGUCCUACAGGUAGCGGCAAAACCACUUUAUUGCGUACUAUAAUUGGAGAAGUAGUUCCUGUCGGUGGAUCUAUUGCUUUAACAACGAGAAAGAUAGCAUACUGUGCCCAGAGACCUUGGCUACCCAGCGGCAGUAUCAAAGAGGCUAUUUAUGGUGCUAAUGAUAUCUACGGGCCUGCAAUGCAAGACCAUGAAACAUGGUACAAUACCAUUACAGAAACAUGCUGUCUCGCCCAUGAUUUUGACUCCCUGCCUCAGGGAGAUCAGACAGAGAUUGGCAGCAGGGGGCUGAAUUUGUCCGGAGGCCAGAGACAGCGUGUGACACUGGCACGCGCGUUGUUCGCAAGAUCCGAUAUACUUCUGCUGGAUGACACUUUCAGCGGAUUGGAUGGUGACACCGAGCAAACUAUCUUCGAUAAUCUGUUUGGAUCGAACGGUCUACUACGCAGGUUGAAAACUACUGUUGUUCUUGUCUCCAACUCUUCUCAAUACUUCCAAUCAGCAGAUCAUGUUGUUGUUCUUGGGUAUCAUGGAAUUAUCGAUCAGGGGAACUGGCAAACUAUCAAAUUUGAAACAGGAUCUAUAGCAAAAUUUUCUUCUGGGAAUCGCAGCAAAGACAACCUGGCGGUGUCGGCAGCUUUUGAUAAACUCAGCUCCCAGGUGCAAGCAAAAGACGAAGCUGAAAUUGAUCUUGCAAGACAAAGUGGAGAUUUUGCUCUAUACGGUAACCCUCUUCCCUCUUCCUCAAAUGGAAACGCUGCCUUAUACGCAACUGGAUUUUUAUUCCUAUCAUUCAUGUCAUGGAUAAUAACAAGUCUCCAGAUGUGCGCACCUUUAUCAUAUUUCUCGCAAACCGAUAAUGGUUCGAUCCUAAAUAGGUUAGCAAACGUACAUACAGAUGUUUCGACAGAACUAAAAAAAAACUCUAGAUUCGGUCAAGAUAUUCAGCUAGUUGACAAGCAAUUGCCAUCGGCUCUUCAGACCGUUAUAACUCAAAUUUUCAAGCUCUCCAUGCAGGUCAUACUUCUUUUCGUUGCCCAGAAAUGGCUCACAGUGUCCCUACCAGCAUGCAUGGCUGUAGUAUAUAUCGUCCAGAAAGUCUAUCUUCGCACCUCUAGACAACUUCGAUUUCUAGAGCUAGAGGCUCGGGCAGGAGUCUUCUCAAGCUUUUUAGAGUCCGUUGAGGGCCUCGAGACGAUACGCUCAUUUGGUUGGUCUAAUGCGGUUAUAAAGGAUAACAUAAUAAGUGUGGACAAUGCCCAACGUCCUGAAUUUCUCCUCCUGUGCCUUCAAAGAUGGCUUAACAUUGUCCUAGACUUAUUAGCAGCGGCUGUUGCAACCUUCGUUAUCGCCAUAACUGUGGCAUUUCGAGACCGUAUUAGCGGCGCACAGGUUGGAAUCGCGCUCAAUAUUAUGCUUGUUGCAAACACAACCUUGCUGAAGCUUGUAGAGAGUUGGACGACACUAGAAGUCUCUCUUGGAGCGAUUGCUCGCUUGAGAACACUUGAAAAGAUGACACCACUUGAGGGUGCUAUGGCUUGGAACUUCGAGCCCACGGAUUCAUGGCCCUCUCGAGGUGAUAUUGAAAUCAAGAAUAUCACCGCAUCUUACCUGCACGUCCAACUCUGUGGCUCUCCGAAACUUGAUACCUUGCUCUUGACGCUCCUUCGGCUUCUUGGGUUACAAUCUGGCCAUAUUGUGCUAGACGGAGUUGACAUCAAGAAUGUCGGGCUUGAUGUCCUCCGGCAGCGAUGCUUCAUUACCGUAUCACAAGAUCCUCUGCUUCUGUUCAGUGAGACUUUACGCUUUAAUUUGGAUCCAGAUGCCUCAUCAUCAAACGAAGCUCUGAUUGCCUCUCUGAAGAGAGCGGGUCUCUGGUCACACUUCAUGCAAGAGGCAGCUGAAUUGGACGAAAUCUUAAGAACAGAAUCAGGGUUUGCUAUUGAUGUAUCGCCAUACAAUCAGCAUCCAAUUCUAGAUAAAACUCUUUCACUAUUUUCGGGGCUUUCUGUAGGACAAGGUCAGCUACUUGCACUUUGCCGGGCGCUCGUCAAGGCUCAGACAGCUCAGCAUUCUGGUCGAAAGCCCGUUGUUCUUUUAGAUGAAGUCACUUCUUCCCUUGAUCCUGUUACAGAGUCAGCCAUAUACGAUAUUAUUGACGACGAAUUUACUCGAAAGGGUCAUACGGUCAUAUGUGUAGCUCACAGAAUUGAUGUAUUGUCAAAGCACAUAGAGACCGGAAGAGAUGUUGUAGUAUUGUUGAGCAAUGGCCGGUUGCAGGAAGUAAUCACAGAUUUGAAUACCACGAUGUUGGAAAGGCUUGGGAGAUUAGACUGA